AUGGAAAGCGCCUGGCUCUGCCUGCUCUGCCUGGCCGGCUCCAGCCUCGUCCUGCCCGGCACCGCGGAGCUGGCGCUGGGGCUCCAGCCGGCCGAGGGCCUGCCCGGGCAGAGCCGGGAGGAGACGGAGCUGCAGGAAGGACGCGGGAAGCGUGUCCUUCGGCUCAACGGAUCCGCUGGCCCCCGCGGCGUCCGGGAGCGGGACGGUCAGCGGACCCUCCACCACCGGGGAGAUGUGCUGGAGACCCUGGUGCUGCUCAACCCUUCCGACAAGUCCCUGUGCGACGAGCUGCGAAACCUCAUCACAGACGUGUCGCAGCACAAGCUGCUGGUGUUUGCGGGGCCCUGCGUGGAGGAGACGGGGGAGCUGAUGCUGCAGACGGGCUGCUUCUCUCUGCGGGACUUCAUCCAGAUCUUCACGGACAAGGAGGUAGGGGAGAUCCUGAGCUCCGCGGACCCCUCGGCCAAAGCCAGGCUGACCAUCAGCUGCCCCGACUUUGGGGAGUGGAGGGACUCGGGCUUGGACCAUCACAACCUCCAGGACUUCAUCGAGCUGCGCUACAACCCAGGCUGCAUCCUGCCGGAGAUGGAGGGGCUGGAGGAGUUCAUGGAGUACCUCUCGGAGUCGCUGGAGCCCCAGUCCCCCUUUGACCUCCUCGAGCCCCCCACCAUGGUUGGCUUCCUCAAGCUCUCCAAGCCCUGCUGCUAUAUCUUCCCGGGCGGGAGAGGGGACUCGGCUUUCUUUGCCGUCAACGGUUUCAACGUCCUGGUCAACGGAGGCUCCAACCCCAAGUCAUCCUUCUGGAAGCUGGUCCGGCACCUGGACCGCAUCGACUCCAUCCUGGUGACGCACGCCGGCACGGACAGCCUGCCCGGCGUCAACAGCCUGCUGCAGAGGAAGCUGGCCGAGCUGGAGGAGGAUCCGUCCCAGAGUUCGCAGGGCAACGGGGACUGGGCGAAGAACCUCAUCUCCCCGGAGCUGGGCGUCGUCUUCCUCAACGCCUCCGAGAAGCUGAAGGACAUCGAGGGUAACUCCCGGGUGCUGAAGAGCUGCGACGAGGCUGCCCUGACCCUGCACUACCUGGAGAAGCUGGGCAUCCGUCCCAACCCGCUGGCCCGGGACAGCGGACCCCGCGCGGAGCCCACGGUCCUCUUCCAGAAGAUGGGAGUGGGCCGGUUGGACAUGUACGUCCUGAACCCCGAGCAGGACUUGCCCCUGCAGUGCCUGACCUCCGUCUGCGCCCUGCUCGUCUGGCACCCCGUCAGCCCCUCCGAGAAGAUCAUCCGGGUCCUGUUCCCCGGCUGCACCCCCCAGGGCCGCAUCCUGGAGGGGCUGGAGAAGGUGAAGCACCUGGAGUUCCUCAAGCAACCCGUGGUCACCAAGAAUGAUCUGAAGGGACCGCCGGCAUCCCAACCUGAGAAGCCGCUCAAGCAGAGGAGGGCAGAGAGCAAGGAGAGCCUGAAGUCGGCUUCCAAGCUCAGCUUGGUGGAUGCUGCAGCACCGGUGCCGAAGGAGAAGGCUCCGAAGGUGGAGAGGAAGGAGGUGAAGGCAGGGACCAAGGAGAAGCCAAAAUCCCUGGGGGAGACGGCCAGAGUGGCGUCGGAAGAGGAGAAAGCCAAGGAUGCUCGAGCCAAGCUGGACUCUUCAAUGGAGAAGCUGAAGGCAGACGCAAAGCCGAAGCUGAGCAAGGAGAAAGCGGUGCCCAAGAAGGAGCCUGUCCCCCGGAAAGAGGAGAAGAAGCUGCCGAAGAAAGACGAGGGGGCCGAGGCGAAGGGGGAGGCCAAGAAGGAGGUGAAGGUGGUGAAGAAGGAGGCGAAGGCUGAGACGCUGCGGAAGGACACAAAGGAGAGCAAGGCAGAGGCCAAGGCUCCUGCCAAGACCCUGGCCCGGAAAACGCCGGUCCCAGAGACCCGCAAACCCCUGGCCAAGGCCGGCAGCAUCAAGAAACCCCCCCUCAAGAAGGAACCGGAGAAGCCCAAGGCCAAAGCCCCCCGGGAGGCCAGCGGCAGGAAGGAGCCGGGGACCCCAGACGGCUCCAAGUCCUCCUCCCCCGAGGACAUGCUGCCGGAGGCCGAGCGGGGCCGGGGGGCCGCCUCACCGGGGGCUGGCGGGAGGAGGAGGAAGGAGGAAUCGACGGACGAGGGCAUCACCACGGCCGAGAGCGAGCUGGAGCCCUCACCGCUGGAGAACGGGGGGGCCGGGGAGCCGGCAGGACCGGGAGACUCCUCCUGCCUGGAGAACGGCCUGGAGGACCCCGACAGCCCCCAGCGUUUCCGCUACCUGGAGAGCAGCCCCUUGAGAGCCGUCUGCCCCCCCUCGCCCCUGGCCAAGACCCCCAAGAGCGACCGCAGCGUCAACUUCGACCUGACGCCCACCGGGAUGCUCAACCACGGCCCGGAGGGCGGUGAGGACGCCUGUGGCAGCUCUGAGGAGAAGACCCUGGAGAUGAUGUCUCCGGCCAGCUCGGGGCCGGCCAGCGCCGGGCACACUCCCUUCCACCAGUCGCCGGUGGACGAUGGCACAGAGGAGCCGGGUGCCAGCACCAACAACCGGCAGCCCAACCCCUGGCCGCCGGCUGGGGGCAAAGCCUCGCAGGAUGGCUCCGGCUCCUCGCAGGAGAAGCAGGCGGGCUGCCUCUCCCUGCGCCCCUUCAAGGACGAUGUCCCCGACGUGUCCCCCACCGUCACCACCCCCUCGCUGCCGGCCGAGGUGGGCUCCCCGCACUCCACCGAGGUGGACGAGUCGCUCUCGGUCUCCUUCGAGCAGGUGCUGCCACCCCCGGAGGCCACCAAGGGCGGGUUGUCGCUGCCGCUGCGGCCGUGCCACCACCCGCCACGGGCUGACGGUGACACGGUGCCGCGGCCCGACCGCCGCUCCGACUCGCCCCAUGACGUGGACCUCUGCUUGGUGUCACCCUGCGAGUUCGAGCAUCCCAAAUCGGAGCGGUCGCCCUCGGCCGCCGCCAGCCCUCGGGAGCUGUCGGACAGUGACCCGUCGCAGGAGCUGGUGCAGCGCCGGGGCCGGCCCCGCCAGCCGGUGGGCGAGACGCCCCCCACCUCCGUCAGCGAGUCGCUGCCCACCCUCUCCGACUCCGACGUCCCCCCGGCCACCGAGGACUGCCCCUCCAUCCUGGCCGACGGGCUGGAGUCGGAUGAGGACUCGGAGCAGCCCACCCGCGGCAUGGCCAGGGCCCGUGACCCGCUGCCGGCCCCCAUGAAGGACCCCUGCCCCAUCCCCGCCCAGCCCGGCAUCUGCAUGGUGGACCCGGAGGCGCUGCCGGCCGAGCAGACCCGUGCCGGGAAGAAGGAGACCCCCGGCAAGGUGAAGAGGACCCCGUCCCGCGUGGGCUCGGCACCCGCCACCCCGAGGGCUGAGCCCCCCCGGCACCCCACCUCGGCCCCCAAGGCCAGGGGCCCCACCAGCUCAGCCCGCGACGCUGGGGACAAGGCCAGGCUGCCCCCCGGGGACAAGAAGGGCCCCUCUGGCGGGGACACCCGCGCCCCAGGGACCACCCGCAGCUCUGGAGCCCGGCUGCUGGCGGGAGCCGGCACACGGGCUGCAGCCCCCCCGGGCCCCCCAGUCUACGUGGACCUGGCGUACCUCCCCGGCUCCUGGAGCGCCCGGACGGUGGACGAGGAGUUUUUCCGGCGCGUCCGCUCCCUCUGCUAUGUGGUCAGCGGCGACGACCACCUGAAGGAGGGCGUCCUGCGGUCCCUCCUCGACGCCCUGCUCGCCGGCAAGCACCAGUGGGGCACUGACAUCCAGGUGACCUUGAUCCCCACCUUCGACUCACUGGUGAUGCACGAGUGGUAUCAGGAGACCCACGACCGGCAGCAGGAGCUGGGCAUCACGGUGCUGGGCAGCAACAGCACCGUGGCCAUGCAGGAUGAGACCUUCCCUGCCUGCAAGGUGGAGUUCUGA